AUGAAGCUGAAGAGACAGCGGGUGUCAUCUGUGCUGCCUGAGCAUCAUGAGGUCUUCAACAGGCUGCCUGAGGAUCCUGUCAUUAAAAACUUCCUGGCCUGGGACAAAAACCUGAGGGUCUCUGACAAGUAUCUCCUGAGCAUGGUCAUUGCUUACUCUAGCCGGGCUGGCCUCUUCUCCCUGCAGUACCAGCGGAUCCAUUUCUUCCUAGCUCUCUACCUGGCCAACAACAUGGAAAAGGACAACCAGCCCCCCAAACAAGCCAUCUUUUCAUUCCUCUAUGGGAAGAACCCCUCCCAGCACCCAUUGUUCCACAAGCUAAGAUUUCGAUUCAUCAGAUCCAUGGGCUGGAAGACAAGGGUUUCCCAGGAAGAGUGUGAAGAGAUCCAGGCUUAUGACCUGGAGCACUGGGUGUGA